ACACUUGUGUAGGCAAGACUUUAACAUUUUGCGAAUUUAUCGCAUUUAUCACAUUGCCAUCAUUAUUGCAGAUUAUCAGAGAAAUUUACUGUUGCCAUGGUUAUGAAACUUAUUAUAGAUGUCGACACAGGGACAGAUGAUGCCUUGGCCAUCAUGGUUGCACUAGCCCAAUCAGAUGUUGAAGUCUUGGCCAUUACUUGCGUACAUGGCAACGUGAGGGUUAAUGAGGGGUGUAGGAAUACACUCAGAGUAUUACAAACAUGUGAUCGACUUGAUAUUCCGGUUUACAAGGGAGCAGCCAAGCCACUUGUCAUGAAGUCGCAUCCUCUCACACACUACCAUGGCUUAGAUGGUUUAGGCGAUACAAGUAUUGACAGCGCUAGUCCAGUGGACAUCAGUAUCAUUAAGGAGGAGUUUGCUGCAGUUGCCAUGGUGAAUCUUGUCAACAAAUACCCUGGCGAAGUAACACUUGUGGCUUUGGCGCCUUUGACAAAUCUGUCCCUGGCUCAGCACUUGGAUCCAGAGUUUGGAAAGAAGUUGAAGAGUUUGCUGAUAAUGGGUGGCAACAUAACAGGGAAAGGGCGUGUCACUCCUUGUGCUGAGCACAACUUUUUCUGUGACCCCGAGUCUGCGUAUAACACCCUUAAUGAGAUAGGUAGACAGACAUCUUGCAGAAUCCUUGCCUAUGAGGUGGCUCUUGAGCAUAGGCUGUCUUGGGAAUGGUUUGACAGAUGGACAUCCACGGACACUAAGAAGGCCAAAUUUGUUAAGGCCUUUUUGAAGUCUGAUGCUACACGUCAAAGGGACGAGUUGAAAUUGGGUGGUUUCAGGUGCUGUGAUCCCCAGGCGAUAGCCUGUUUAUUCUAUGACGGCUGUGUUCUGGAGUCCAAGAAGUGUUAUUGCACUGUGGAGUUAAAUGGUUCACUGACACGAGGUCAGAUGGUCGUUGACUGGAAUGGAGUGUUGGGUCAGGAACCCAACACGGAAAUCAUCUCGAAGAUAAAUUGUGAUCUUCUAAAGAAUGGUUUUGAGGCUGCUAUCAAGUAAUGUCAUAUUGGUACUGACAGUGUCUUGUCAAAACCUCCAGGGUUAGUAAUUAAGAGUAAAAAACAUGCACUCUUUAAAAUUUGAAAAAAUCAAUACUAAAGUUCUAUUCAGAGGUUUCCUGCAUUU